AUGGCGAUGAGACCAUUGAAUGAUCGUGAGUUGGAAGAAAUAGUAAAUGCCUCACCAGAUGAAGGAUCACUUUCUGAGUUUGAAGAUCACAUCAGCAAUGCAUCUGAAAAAUGGCAGUUGCAUCCACCAGCACAACAUGGUCGCCUACCAGCUUCGAACAUCAUCAAGAGUACCCCAGGAGUUACCAGGUAUGCAGUCAGCAGAAUAUCUGAUGUAAAAUGUUCAUUUGAAGCAGUAUUUCACACAGCGCUUCAAAAUGAAAUAAUAGAGAUGACAAAUAUUGAAGGGCAGCGAGUUUAUGGUGAACAGUGGACAGAUAUUGAUGGUUCUGUUUUCCAUGCAUACUUAGGACUCUUACUCCUAGCGGGUGUAUAUCGAUCUCAUGGGGAGUCUACAAAAAGUUUGUGGGAUAAAGAUACUGGGCGAAACAUAUUUCGAGCAACCAUGUCUCAUGAAACAUUCUGUAAGAUAUCACGUGUCCUGCGAUUUGACAAGAAAUCUACUAGAGAGGAAAGACGACGUACUGACAAACUUGCCGCAAUUCGUAGUAUUUGGGAGAACAAAACUUCAUACGUACUGAAAGCCCAAAUUUAUACAGGAAAGGUGAGUGGAGCGGCACCAGAAAGAAAUCAGGGAAUGAGGGUGGUAUCUGAUCUCACUUCUGAGUUACGUGGUCAGAAUAUCACGUGUGACAACUUUUUUACGUCGUACAAUUUGGGGCAGCUGCUUCUGAAAAGGAAAUUGACUAUGUUGGGAACUAUACGGAAAAAUAAGCCGGAGCUUCCACACAAAAUGACCAACAAGGAGGUACACAGCUCUUCAUUUUACUUCACAAAUGACACUACUGUGGUUAAUUAUAUUCCUAAGAGACACAAGAAUGUUGUACUUAUGAGCACUCUCCACCAUGAUGCGGAAAUCAGUGACAGGGCUGAUAAGAAGCCAAAAAUGAUUUUGGACUAUAAUUCAACCAAAGGUGCUGUAGACACGCUUGAUCAGUUAUUAGGUACAUAUACAUGCAAACGAAAAAGUAAUAGGUGGCCAAUGAUAGUUUUCUACAAUAUUCUUGAUGUUUCUGCUUAUAAUGCAUACGUUUUGUGGAUUUCGGUUGACCCUAAUUGGAAUGCAAGCAAAUUGACUAGAAGGAGAAUAUUCUUGGAGGAACUUGGAAAGUCACUGAUAAAAGAACAUAUUGCAUCAAGAACGCAUUUCCCAAGAACAGAAGAUUCUUUGAGAAUGGUCACAAGCAUCCAAAACCCGAAUGAUGUGGGUGGUGUGUCAGAAUCGGUAACAACAAGAAAAUCUACAAAACGUGCACGCUGUAAGUUCUGUCCAUCAAGUAAUGACAAUAAAACAAACAUGGUGUGUGGAAAAUGUAGUAAACAUAUUUGCAAGAAACAUGUAACCUACUUGUGUCCACAGUGCAAGCAGUACUGGAAUAGAACAACAAUGUCGAUAGCUAAAACUGUACCAAAAUUUAUGUUUCUAAAGCAUUUUGAUAUGUCGGGUCAUAUUGACCCGAACAGUAUAUAUGUCAA